GUAUAUUUUAGGGUUGGUAACGUUUGCCAUUGUGCGCCGACAUUUGUUCCGCUUCUUUCACUGCCGGUUGGAUUUUCGUUGUUUUGCUAAAUUCCGACAAUUAAAAAUUAUUUAAUAACAGAAAAACUCCAGCAAUUGAACCCACAACUACAUUUACUACCCAGCAUCAUGGAUUUUAAUUCACUAUUGCAGCAAGCCCAGCGUUUAACAAAUGAGACACAGAACUCGGAGGAGUUGCCUCGUGUUGAGCGUACCAUUUCGCAAGUCUUGGAAGCCACCAAGGAGCUACAUUCACGCGUUACUCAAACUGGAGCACAGGACAUACAAGCGCACAUUUUACUGGGCUCAAAAGGAAUUGAUUUGCCAAAAAUAUCGCAAAAAUUGGAAUCGUUGAAUGCCCGCAAAACUUUUGAACCUUUGGAUCCCAUUGCCGACACCGAUAUACAGAGCUUUUUGAAAAAUGAAAAAGAAAAUGCCAUAUUAUCCGUCAUCGAGGAGGUGCACAAGAAUUCAUUUUUGAAUGCCCAAAAACGCAAAUGGGAACACAUAAAAUCCGAAUGGCGGCAGGAAAAAAUGAAAUUAAUGAAUGCUCUGGUGGGCCCGUCACAAAAUUGGAUUGAUAUUCAAAAACUUCCGGAACAAACAAUUAUCAAUGAGACUUUUGGCACUCGUUCUUGUUUGAAUAGGAUUGAAAUGGCUUAUGCUCGUGAGGUCUACGAUUACAAUGCUAUUGUCAUUAAAGGUGCCUUCCGUCCAAGUCUGGUACAGAGAUUUGCCAAAGUUGCCCAAACAUUCGAUGAUCCAAAAGUCAAUGAAAUUUGGGAAAUCAUGAAGUAUAUGGUCGAUGUAACACCCGUAUCACGAAACCGAGAUCCCAUGCAAAGCCGUCAACAAGUAAAUCAAUUUGUGGAUCAAGCCAAAAAGUAUUUGGAAAACCGUUACAAACUCUACAUGUCCACAAUAAUUAGUGGCAAUUUGCGGGAAGCCCAACGUGGUGGCGUACCAAGCAUCUUUAAUUUGGUUUCAUCAUUUGUGGGCUUGACAUUCAAUCAGGGCAAUUGUUUCGGUUUGCAAGAUGCUACCAUAGACGGAAAACCAUUGUGGCCCAUGGUAUAUUAUUGCCUGCGAUGUGGUGAUUUACAGUCUGCCUUGAAAUGCAUGCAAAUGGGAGGAGCUGGUCAUGAAGAGUUUAUGCAAGUAUUGGAAGAUAAAAUUAAUAAACCGGAACAAAAGAUUAAUACAAAACUUGAGGGCCAACUUAAACUGCAUUACUGUAACAAAAUUAAGAAUUCCACUGAUCCAUAUAAGAAAGCGGUUUAUUGCAUUAUUGCUGGUUGUGACCCCAAUGAACAACAUUUGGAAGUGGCUAAAACAACGGACGAUUUCCUAUGGAUCCAAUUGUCAAUUCUACGCACCGAUGUUAGCGACAAUUCUGAUGCCUUAACAUAUUCUGGGCUACAAACUAUGAUAUUGGAAAAAUACGGGGAAAAACAUUUCAAUGCUGGUGAACAACAGCAUCUUUACUUCCAGGUUUUGGCAUUAACCGGUCAAUUUGAGGCUGCCAUUGAGUUUCUUUCACGCACAGAAAAAUAUCGUGUUCAUGCCGUGCAUAUUGCCUUAGCUCUCAAUGAAAUGUUUUUAAUUGCUGGCCCAAGGAAUGUACAGGAACCACUUUUGUCUGUGGACAUAGAAGAUCCCAUACCCAUGCGUCGCCUAAACAUUGCCCGUUUGGUUAUGUUGUAUGUUAAGAAAUUUGAGAUCACUGAUCCCGCCGAAGCUCUGCAAUAUUUCUUCUUUUUGCGUAAUCUUAAAGAUCCUGAGGGCCGUAAUCUAUUUUUGGUUUGUGUCAGCGAUUUGGCCAUCGAGUGUCGUGAUUAUGAUUUAAUAUUUGGUAAAAUGAUGCCAACUGGUUUGCCUGCUGGCGGUCUAUUCCAACAGUUUGAUUGUGUUGAGUUCGACACUCGUGUGGCUGCCGGCAUGGUGGCUGAGGAGUUGGUGCGCAAAGGAAUGUUUGAGGAUGCCAUUAAGUUAUUCGAUAUUGCAAAUAUGCAAAGUCAAUCUUUGCGUUAUCUCUCUUUGAUGCUCUCACAAGUGGUACAUCAAAGUUCCAAAAAAGGUUCUUUGCGGGAACGCCUCUCUAUUAUGGCUUGUGAUUUUAGCGAACGUUUACGUGGCAGCCGCAUUGAGUGUGAACCUCAGGUUUUAGCCACCUUUAAUUUGCUCACCGAGUUGGUGGCAUUCUUCGACUAUUACCAUGAACGUAAAUAUCAAAUUGCUUUGGAAGUCCUGGCCAACACGAAACUAGUUCCCAUGUCUAUGAAUGAUUUGGAAGAAUGCAUUAGUAAUUUCAAACGUCUGGGCGGUGAAAUUUGUAAAGUUUAUCCAGAUAUUCUAUUGGCCGCCAUGGAUAUUUUGUAUUCACAAUACAAAGCUGUAAAGGGCAAAGAUUCAGUGAUGCUAGAUAGUGGCCGUGAUAGUCAAUUACAACAUCUACGACAAAAGGCCAAAGCUUUGACAAAUAUGGCUGCCACAGUUCCAUAUCGUAUGCCAGGCGAUACAAACAAGAGACUGGUACAAACGGAAAUAUUAAUGCAUUAGUUUUUAAGACGCUUUUCUCUUAUAGAGUGUACAAGUAAUUGUUUUUUCUAAUAAAAAAAAAUUAA